AUGGACUUGACUGAUUAAAAACUUGUAAAGCUGAUGAAUUUUGAAGGAGGAUCUUAUGAAGGAUAGUUUAAAGGUAAAAAGUUUCACGGGUUUGGGGCAUAUAGGCUUAUUAAUGGAGACUUUUACAUUGGAAAUUUCAAAAAUGGACUCAAGCAUGGCUUAGGGCUUUACAAAUUAGCUUUAGAUGUAGAAGAUUAAAAUAUAGGAGAAGUCUUUUAUAAGGGAAGCUUUAAAAAUGAUAUUAAAGAUGGUAAAGGCUAAAUGAGGAUGUUUAAUGGAGACAACUAUGAUGGAGAUUUUAAAAACAAUACGUUUCACGGGAAAGGCAAGCUGUAAUUCUAGUCAGGAGACAUUUAUGAAGGAGAUUUUAAGGAUGGAAAAUUUCAUGGAAUGGGAGUCUAUAUUUAUGAUAAUAAGCAGCAAUAUAAAGGGGAAUUUGUAAAUGGAAAGAGAGAGGGCAAAGGAGUACUCACAUCCUUAAUAGAUGAUUCAAAGUAUGUCGGGGAUUUUAUGAGAGAUUAAAAAGAUGGUGAGGGGUAUUAGGUCAUUGAAGGCAUUGAAGAGUUCACUGGAAAAUUCAGUGAAAACAAAAGGAAUGGAUUUGGCAUAUUAAAAGAUCUCAAGAAAAACCAAAUAUAUGAAGGAACGUUUGUGAAUGACUUGAAAUAGGGACAGGAUUGCCUUCUUAAAAUUCUAGUACCAUAACCCUAUGAGAUCAAAGGCACUUUUAAGAAAGGUGAACUCAUCAAUGGUUAAGCUUAGCUGCCAGAUGGAUCAAUAUAUGAAGGUGAGUUCGAUAGAUUGAUACCUCACGGGAAAGGAACAAUUAAGUAUAAAAAUGGCAAUGACUACAGAGGAUAGUUUGUUUAAGGAGUGAGAGAGGGUUAUGGAAGAUUUUUUGAUAAUAGAGAUAACUCUUUAUAUGAAGGUGACUUUAAGAGUGAUAUGUUUAACGGUAAAGGAAAGUAUACCUUCUCAGACGGUAGUAGUUUUGUUGGAAUAUUUAUAGACAAUAUUCUUGAUUCAAAGCUGAAUGAAGAGUCUUGA